AUGAAUUUACAACAAACUAAAUUUGUUGAUGCUGCUGUUAUUCUUCGUCAACAAUGGAAAUUGACAGGUGAUUCUAAACUCAUUCCAUUAGGAAGAGGUUUCUUUACAAUUAAGUUGGAUAACGAAACAGAUCGUCAAUAUAUCAAGGGAGGCAAAUGGGAAGUUCUUAAUCAGAUUCUACAAAUAAGAAAAUGGAUCUCUAAUUUUCGUUCAAAAAGUCAGAAAACUUCUAAAGAUAUGGUAUGGGUUAGAUUACCAGGUCUGGGUCUUGAAUUUUGGAGUGAAAAGAUUUUGUUUAAGAUUUGCAAGGAAAUUGGUACACCAAUCAAAUUAGAUGAAGCUAUUGCUAAAUGUGAGGUUGGGUAUUAUGCAAAUGUUCUUGUUGAAGUGGAUUUUGCAAAUACUAUCCCUAACAAAGUUUGGAUUGGCACUAAGUAUGGUGGUUUUUUUCUUCAGAACAUCUCAAUUCCUGUAUGUCCAAAGUUUUGUUCAACAUGUAAAAUAGUUGAGUAUUCUAUUACAGAAUGUAGAGUUGAGAAGAACAAGUUACAACAAGCAAGUAAUGCUCAGGUUGCUAGUAGUUUGGCUUCAACAAACAUAAACAGUGGGAGAUUCAAUUCCCUCAACCAAGAGGAAUUAGAAGAAGAUGAUGUGAUUAGUGUUGAUGAAGAAAUCUUAGCAGAAAUGGAGCCUCAAAAAAAGAUUCAUAUUACAGAAGAUACUGAAGUGGAUAGUGUUGUCAAAUUUGGAAAUGUAUUUUCUACUAUAAUUUCUACUAAAGGAAAACACAAAAAUCAGAAUAUGGAGGUUGAAAAAACUGAUCAAGUAAGUGGAGUGGUAAACUUGUUUAAUAUAGCUGAAGCAAAUAGCUUACAAAAUAGUACUGUCAAUUUUGUUAAUGGUUCAAAUGGUAAAGUUACUAAUUAA